UGAUGGGACCGGUGGCCAUGAUCUUGGUUUUUUUGAUGUUGAGCUUCAAACCAUAUUUUGCACUCUCCUCUUUCACCCUCAUUAAAAGGUUCUUUAAUUCCUCCUCGCUUUCUGCCAUCAAGGUUGUGUCAUCUGCAUAUCUGAGGUUGUUGAUAUUUCUUCCGGCAAUCUUAAUUCCGGCUUGGGAUUCAUCUAGUCCAGCCUUUCGCAUGAUGAAUUCUGCAUAUAAGUUAAAUAAGCAGGGAGACAAUAUACAACCUUGUCGUACUCCUUUCCGUAUUUUGAACCAAUCAGUUGUUCCAUAUCCAGUUCUAACUGUAGCUUCUUGUCCCACAUAGAGAUUUCUCAGGAGACAGAUGAGGUGAUCAGGCACUCCCAUUUCUUUAAGAACUUGCCAUAGUUUGCUGUGGAUUACAAAGCCAGGAUUACAACACUAUUAUUAAAGCUGCCUAUAUGCCUAGGAGGAUAAAAACAUUCUUAACUAGUGCUGAAAUGGUAGUAAAGCCAGCGCCAGACAUGCCUUACUGAAGAAGAAAUAUUGUGGAAAAUGUAUUUUGUCUUCCUUAAAAGAGUGUGCCACAUGGCAUCCUUCUGUUGCCUUGAUCCUAUAGGAUCUCAUUCCAAUAUCUCUGCCAAUUUUUGUCUUUUUGGAUCUCUGCCAAUUUUUGUCUUUCUGGGUGUUUUUUUACCAGUUCUCUCUUGAUUUUCUCAGGGGAUGGCAUCCUGCAACUAAUGUUAGGUUUUGAUUUCUUUGUGGGUUAUAACCAACCAAGGCAAGGCCAUAUAAUGGUCUGCAAUCCUCCUGUACCUUUGGCAGAAAGAAGGGUGGGCACCACCCAUUCCCUUCUCGAGGUCUUGCUUAUAUUGUCUAAUGCCUAUUGAUAUGACUGUUUAGACUAAAACAUCUAUUUACAGGCAACCCCCCAUUUACAUAGGUGUUGCUAAUUUAUUUAUUUAUUUAAUUAAUUUAUUUACUGCCCUAUACCUGCAGGUUACGUUCCAAGGCACCGUGUAUUUAAGUGAAAUCACAUGUAUUUGAAACACCAUUGAGAAAGCCUGCAAGCACCCAUUCUGCCCCUUUUUGUGAUGUUUUUGGGUCACUUCUUGGUUCAGUGCAAAGUGCUUAUGUGCAGUUGCAUGCAUAUUGAAUGCACGUAAAUGGGGGGUUGCCUGUACUGGGAAAGACGUUACAUCAGGUCCCCUUCACGUACUGCAGAUGUGGCAGAAUUAUUUAUGUUUUUAGAGAAAAUUUUGGCGUGUUUGUUCAUAUUAGGCAUUCAUUACAUAUUAGCCAUUCAUUGUGGUCAGACUUAUUUGUGCAUCCAUGUGGGGUUGUUUGUGACUAUAAGCAUAAGAAAGAAAUCACUAAAUUUUUAAUUUUUAAAUUUUAAUGUUAAUAGACACCAUAAGUGUAGUGAUGAGCAAGGCCUUUUUGGUUCAGAUGAGAACCGGGCUCAGCAACCUCAGCUACUGUCCUCAAAAAUAAGAUUACUAGAUUGGUUAAUUCUUGGGCUAUUUUGAGCCCCAUUGUAUUCCAAAUGGCAUCAGUUGAUGUGCAAAGGAGUCUGAAUCUCUUUCCCCACUGCUUCACUCUGUGAGCCAUUAGCUCAGUCGGUAGAGCAUGAGACUCUUAAUCUCAGGGUCAUGGGCUCGAGCCCCACGUUGGGCAAAAGAUUCCUGCUUUGCGGGGAGUUGGACUAGUUGACCCCGGUAGACCCUUUCAAGUCUACAAUUCCAUGAUGAUGUGAAAUCCCUCCCUGCAACUCCAGGAUUCAGAACCUCCAACUCCCUAUGAGCACCCCAAAUUCCAGAUGCUGCAGUUGCUGAUGCUUCAGCAGGAUGGAGGUUACAGAUUACUGUAUAUCUUAUUCUUUCUAAGCACCUGUCUCCUUUCUUCACUGGCCCCUGGAGUCACUGAUACAACAGCAUCCUUGUUACCUGUGAUAUAGCCCUAGGGUUUUUCAGGUGCAAAAGAGAGGGAAUAAAAGACUUUGGGUUAGUGACUCUGAGCACAGAGUUAUUUUCUGGUUUAGAUUUCAUUCUAUGACUCAGAUAGCAGAGGGGAGUGUUGCAGUUCUGAUUACUGGUGUGCUUUAUCAGCAUAUCAAAUUUAUAUCAAUUGGGGCUGUCCAAAUUUUAGCAACCAAGUACAGCAGUGAACGUGACUCCUAACUCCUCUUGUCUCUGAGUUUUAUUGGCCUAACUCAGAAGAUAAGCCAUUUUUGCCUUACAACAAACACACUUUGCUUUGCUUUUCACAUGCUAAGUAGAUAAAUGCAGAACUGACACCCUUUAUCAGAUAUGGUCACUAAGUCAUAGAAUGGAUGUCUGUGCAUAUAUUCAACUCAGGUGUGACAUAAUUACUACAGUUAUUACCACAUAGCUUGGGAAGAAAACCAGUAGCCUUUGUCUAUAUGGAUGCUGCCCUAAUUGCUUCCUACUACUCAGCAUGGAAAAGAAAUUGAUUGUUCCAUUGGCCUUGAGGAAGAAGACACAAGCAAAAAGGUGAUGAAUGAGGUCAUUCGUAUCCACACGUGGCCCUGCUCCUAUUACAUCAACUCUGAGAAACGAUGGAUUCCUGGCAAACUCUGCCUGACACCCAUGUCGGUCAGAUUUACAGCUGACAAAUCUGGAGAGCUCCUGGCUGACUUCCAUCUCUCUGACAUCAGUGAGAUCAAGAAGGAAUCUUCCAACUUCAUCUUCAGUUCCCUCACUAUUUUAGAAAAGAGCACCAAGCACUGGUUCAGUUCCCUUCAGCCCAACCGAAAUGUUGUUUUCAAUAUCCUUGAGCACUUUUGGAGGGAACAGCUGCUCUCCUCGGAGGGGGCUGCAGCCGAGGCCAUUUGCCCCCAAACAUCCAAGGGGCAGGAGCUGACCGGCCUGCUGGCGGGAUCUCAGAAACGGCUAGAAGACACUGCAAAGGUGCUUGAGCACCAGGGGGAACAGUUUGAUAACAUCAUGAAGGGGCUCGACAAGAUUGAAUCAGAGAUGGAUGUAGCAGACAGGUUAUUGUCAGAACUGGAAUCUCCUGCUUGGUGGCCAUUUGGUAGCAAACUGUUGAAGGGGCCAUUAAACGUAAAGCCAAAGGAAAUCCCUGCCGUUUCUGAUUCUGGAAACAAGGAUGGAGUAAUAUUGCGAAUCCCAGUUAUUAUCACUGAAAGGACAGAUUCCAACGUCAAGCCAGGCAAACUCGCCCUCCUGGCUUCUGGCCUGGAGAUCAGCGAUUCCAACUCUCAACUCCUUCACUGGUUUGACAAGAAGGAUGUUGACGAUGUCAAAGUUCAUACACCAUAUGAAAUAAGCGUCCGCCAGAGGUUCAUUGGGAAACCAGACAUCAGCUAUCGGCUGCUGUCAGCAAAGAUGCCAGAAGCCAUCCCCAUCUUAGAGAUGCAGUUCAGUAAGAAAAUACAGUUCAUGGAAGAUGCUUUGGCAUUUUCUGGGACAAGGAGGACUCAUCAGGAAGACGUUGGCACUUCCAUUUGGCAAGCAGCAACAGGACUGAUAGGAAACAUAGUGCAAGCUGGACCAACACCCUCCUCCUCGCGAGGAGCAGGAGGAAGCCAGCAGGCUCAGAUACAGAAGCAACAGCAGGUGGUUUCAGAGUCUGAAACUCAGGAACUCAAACAGAUUCUCCGCAAACUCAAGAGCCUGGCCUUGGAAACGGAGACAGAACUGGAAAGGCAGGAUGAAGCCCUUGAUGGCAUCACUUCUUCUGUGGAUCGAGCCACCAUGAAUAUUGACAAACAAAACCGCAGAAUGAAGAAAAUGACGUAGCGCCCCCGAGAAGCUGGUUGCAGAGAUUGCAGCUUGGAGCUCAAGCCAUAAGAUCUCCAAUGUUUGUGUUAGCUGACUGAAUUCCCAAGAGGGCUUAGGCCUGGAAGAAGAAAAUGCUGAGCAAUGGAGGUGAUUUUGAUAAGCCCUUCUAAAUUGCAGUGAAGUUCUGCUAAAGUAUGAGGAGCUUAAUCUCUACUGCUGGAAUUGGGCACUAUCCUGAUUUGUGGCAGAUUUGAGAAUACUCCCUUACAUGCUCGUUGACUUUUUGAAAGAGAACUGUACUGUGCUUCAAGGGAAUGAAUAGAAUACAGCAGUGUGUUGGGGAGAAUCCUGAAGUCCACUCAUGGUAAUGUAGGCAAAGCAUGAUUUGCAAAUGAUGCGUUUUAUGACUGACAAUAAUUGAAAAUUUAGAAUAGCACUUUUAGUUGCAUUGUCUUCACUUAUUCAGCCAUAAGGGAACUGACUUGCCUUGGCAGCAUGUGAUCAAUGAAUCACUAUACCUGCUGGAUUGGGCCCAAUAUUUAUUUAUUUAUUUAUUUAUCUACCUAUCACAUUUUUAUCCUGCCUUUCCUCCAAGGAGCUCAGGGGGGCAUACAUGCUCUCUUUAUCCCUGUUUCAUCCUCACAACAGCCCUGCGAGGGAGGUCAGGCCGAGAGGCAGUAACUGACCCAAGGUCGCCCAGGGAGCUUCAUGGCUGAGUGCGGAUUCGAACCGUGGUCUCCUAGGUCAUACUCCAGCACUCUUAACCACUACACUGCACUGGUGUGUCCAUGUUUUCCAGUUUUCUGUUUCCACCAGCAGUGACCCAGAUGCAGCAGCCCUUCCUUUUCUGUUUCCAAGAACUUUGCAUUUUUGAGAUAUACUACUGCCUCUGAACAUGGAGGUACCAUUGGACUAUUGUGGCUAAUAGCCGGACUCAAAAUGCAUCAGUUUGCCUAAUCUCUUUUUCAGGCCAUCUAAACUAGUGGCAAUCACCUAUUGACUUAAUUGGAAUCACAGUCAGUUUGUGCCAGUGACCUGGAAGUGAGAUCCUCUUCUAUUUCUACUGUCUUUUCUAAACAGAUAUCUAAGAGGGAAAGCGUGAGGCACCCCUCUUUGAAAAGCCAGUUUUAGAUGCCUGUGAUAACACUGUACAUAUUUAAUGUAAUUGAAAAAAGAAACAGCCGCAUUGUUUGAACUUCAUUGUUCCUAUGGUUAUACAGUCUAUUUAGCUGAAUAUGAUUGAUUUAUUACCAAGAAUUACUUCAUAAAACAAGUUUUAGAUGUGAUGUAAUAGUUUAUAGGAAGAAUCCAGUUCUCCUUACUUACCUUUGAUUUCUCUGGUGCUGAACACAGUACAGUAGUUCAAUGCCAUUCUAAAUUUACCUCGGCAUAACCAUGUGUCUUAUGUCAAAGCUAGUUCUAAAAGUUGAAUUUGCCGAUUCAUCAUUAUUAGCUCUGGAAUCACUGGACUCUGGGAGAAACUUGGGAUCCAGAAGUAACAUUUGUGAAUUAAGUGUCAGAUUAAGUGUUUUCUCCAGCACAUGAAUUUGAAUUCGGGAGCAGUUUUUUGCGAGGUUGGGGGACGACGACAACAGUUUUUGCAUUUCAGCUAGAAGACCCAUUAGGUUCUCUGAACUUCUACAUACAAAAAAUGUGUUUUAGCUGUACUUUAAUAUUACUCACAUGUAUAUUGCCUGCUAAUUGCACUUGUAGAGCAAAUUAGUUUAAAGAAUAAGUAAUGCUGUGCCAAAUUUCGGUGAGGUUCCUUUUCUAGUACAUUGGAGGGGAGAGUGAGUGAGUGGCAUCUUUGAAAAAUCCUAUCCACUGUUCCCAAUAUUUUGAACUUCUCUUUUUUUGCAGGUGUUGUUACCCUGCUUCAACACACACACUUUAAAAACAAAAACAAAAAGCAGCCACACCAGAAUCAUAGAAUUUUAGAGCUGGAGUGGGCUAUAGGGUCAUCCAGGCCAACCCACCGCUUGCAGGAAUAUUAUGCCUAACAAGGGGCUCAAACUCAUGACUCCUGUUUCAGAGUCGUGAGUUUGAGCCCCUUGUUAGGCAUAAUAUUUCUGCAUUGGAAGGGAUUGAGCUAGAUGAUCCUCAGCGUCCCUUCCAACUCUACAUUUCUAUGAUAUUGUGGAUCCUGAGUGACUACACAGCCAAUCAGGGACCACAUAUUGGACACUUGACUAGCUUGCUGGGCUGAUGCUCCCUGUCUUCCUCUAGUUUUUAUUUAUUACGCUCUUCACCCCAAGGUCCCAGGGCAGGUUACAGCAUUAAAACACAACAUUUAAAGCAACUUGCAAUCAUAAAAAGAAGGUGGGUCCUAAAACAGUACACCUCGAGUGUGAAAAGCCAGGGUAAAGCAAUGCAUCUACAGCAUUCAUUGGAAGCUGUACAAUGAAGGUGCCAGACGCACCUCCCUGUGGGCAGGGAGUUCCACAGCUUAGGGGCCACCUCAGAGAAGGCCCUUUUCCGGGCCACCGCUCCCUGCAAGCCUUUGAGGGUGGAGGCACUACCAAGAGGGCCCCUCUGCUGAUCUCAACACCUGAGAGGUUUUGUAGGGAAGGAGAAAGUCUUUUAGAUAUUUGGGGCUUUCAUUCUGCAAGAUUUCCACUGAAACCAGAUCUUAACGACACAUGGCUACACAUAGCUAUGUGGAUAUAUAUAUAUGUGCAUCUGAAUGCACAUGUGCGGCGGACCCCUCCUCUGACUCUCAGAUUCCCCCUGUUGCUUUUUAUUUCUCUGUGUCGAAGAGCAGGACUCUCUUAUACUCCCGGCCCCACCAGUACUUCGAGGUCCACCUAAAAUAGCAAUCUUCCCUUCCACUUAAGGUCUUUUAACAACAAGGGUACACCUAUCCAGCUACCGUGGCCAGUUACAGGCUUGGCUCUGGGUUACUGGGAAUAAAGCUCCUUUUUUGCCUUCAGUCCAGGGCUUCCCUCACUUAGGGUCCCUCUCUGGUACUGUUACCUCAGCACACAGGGCAACAAUGUGGCACUCCUGAGCUUCUUGCCCCUUCACCCCAGUUCAGCAGCAGGGUCGGCAGCAGCGGGAUCCUGCAUUCUGAGGAGAGAAAAAGAAAAAAGGAGAGUGCUUCUGAGCAUGCGGGGCACCUUAAAAGACCACCACAUUAGUACAGCUUGGCAGAGCAGGCGCUAAGAAGCUUGCCCUCUUGUGCUCUGUUCCCUGGGAGCAAGUCCCAUUGAACUCAGCAGUUCCUGCUGCUGCCGGCGGCGGCCCCCUCGCCCGGCAGCCAUCGCGCUCUGGCUCCUCCCCCGCCCCGUGCGCUUCCUCCUUUCCCUCCCGUGCCUUGGCCCCGCCCUGCUUAGGUUUGCACCCGCAGGUUAUUUUUGGUGCAGCAGCGGGGGAGUCUCCAAAGACAGGCGGCAGAGGAGAAGCACAGCCCAGCGGAGCGCGAAUUCGGCGUUCCCGCCCGCCGCGCCCUCCAGCUUCCCGUCGCGUUCUCUGGUUCCCCGCCGUGCUUGGCCUUGCUGGAGGGCGCGGCGGGGAGCUGGAGGGAGGGCGCAGCGCAGUGGGCGGGAACGCCGAACUCGCG